UGCCCCAUUUUCUUUUCUGCCAAACUGUACUUUUCAAACCGUCUCUCAAGUCAACAAUGGCUGCCAGAGAGCCAGACCAGAAAGCUCGAACCUUCCAUUUAUAUUUCCAUAGCUUUUACUCGUUUUAGACGUUAACAGUUUCUUUCAAAUUCAUCCUUUUUCUUCCUUCCUUCCUUCCUUCAAUUUCGGCACAAUAUAUUCGGUUCCCAAAUCCAAACAGGAAUCGCGAUCCUCCGAAAGCUUCAUUUUUUUCAGUCCGGCGAUGGAGGCGGCUCAUGCCGGUGGCGGCGGAGGCGGUGGCGGUGGAAGCGGAGGUCCGGCGCCGUUUUUGUUGAAGACGUACGACAUGGUGGACGACUCGGCGACGGACGAGAUCGUGUCAUGGAGCUCCAACAAGAACAGCUUCGUUGUCUGGAAUCCGCCGGAGUUCAGCCGCCUCCUCCUCCCGACCUAUUUCAAGCACAACAACUUCUCCAGCUUCAUUCGUCAGCUCAAUACCUACGGAUUUCGAAAGAUUGAUCCUGAGAGAUGGGAAUUUGCUAAUGAAGAUUUUGUGAAAGAUCAAAAGCAUCUGCUUAAGAAUAUCCACCGUAGAAAACCAAUUCACAGCCACAGUAACCCUCAAUGUUCUUUAGUGGAUCCAGAAAGAGCAGCUCUUGAUGAAGAAAUAGAGAAGCUUUCACGUGAAAAACUUGUGCUUGAGGCAAAUAUUGCUCGUUGCAAGCAGCAGCUAACAGCAAAGCAUCAAUUGGAAAAUGUAACGCAGCGGGUGAAUGGUAUAGAGAGAAGGCAGGAUAAUUUGCAAAGUUUUCUAGAGAAAGCUGUUCAAGAUCCCGCUUUUAUAGAUUAUGUCAUCGAGAGAAUUGAAUCGAUGGAUUUAGCAUAUAAUAAGAAAAGACGCCUCCCUGAAGUUGAUUACUCUCAACCAGCUGUCGAUGAUAGUUUCGUUGAAAACCAGAGUAAUUCCAGAGCUGAGUUUGGCAACAUUUUCCACCGAGAUUUUUCAAAUAAGCUGAGAUUAGAAUUGUCACCAGCUGUUUCAGAUAUUAAUCCAGUUUCAAAUAGCAACCAGAGUUCCAAUGAAGAAGGGGAAACUACACAGAAAAAAAUAUCUGAAGGAGAACUUAGGGGCACGCGAACAAGAACGGAAGGCCUUUUCCUUGCACCUGAACCAUUAGAACUUUCAGAUACUGGAACAUCUUUCGGAUUUAAAAUGGAUUCAUCCUUGUCAAUAAAACCCCCAACUAGUGGAAGCCCUAGAUUACAUUCCUUGCAGCCAAAUUUGACUUCCUGUGAAGAAGGUGACAGUCGAAUAUCCUGCCAAUUGAAUCUGACUCUAGCAUCUUUGCCAUCGCAAGUGAACAACAUUCCUUAUUCAGCUGGCAUGCUCUCAGAAUCAAGGUUUGUUGCUAACACUAAGGAAUCCGACAUUGUGGCUACCCCAAAGAAAAAAAAUUUGGCUGAUGAAGGGAAGCCUUUAUCUGCCCCCCAAGAGGCUGCAAAUAAUCAAGCUGCUGCGGUGAAAGUGAAUGAUGUCUUCUGGGAACAGUUUCUAACUGAAAGACCGGGCUGCUCAGACAAUGAAGAGGCGAGUUCUAAUUAUCGCACAAGCACAUAUGACGAGCAAAGUGAUGGAAGAUUAGGUCAUGGAAUAUCCAAAAAUGCUAAGAAUGUGGAACAGCUUACACUCUGAGCACCACAACAACGAUGAAUCCCCGACCGAUUGAAAAAGGUGUCUCCCAGUUCUUGUACAUUCAAGAUUCAACUUAAUAAGACGCUGAAUUUUUGAAAUCUGACAUGAAAGUUGACUUUUUUUUUUUUUUUUGAAUAAUACUUAGAUGCCAUUAGUUCUCGGUCCUGCUAGUUUUGGUUUAUGUUAUCCGACUUCUACUGUUCUGAGCGGUGUUACAUUAUUAGCAGCGUGGCACUUAGAGCA